AUGGAUAUCGACGAGGAUGAUGAUCUCUACCAGCCCGAAGAGCCCAAGCUCGAAAGCGCACCUGCCGAGGAUAACAAGCCCAAGACAGACGACUUAGAGGAGGGCGAAGAGGAGGACGAGGGCGCGGCCAUGGACGAGGACGACGAUGACGAUGACGACUCUGAUAUCGAUAUUAUUACAGAGCGCAAAGACGGCACGAAACCAGCCCCUCCACAGCAGUCCAAAUAUAGUGAUAUUCGAAAUAUUCCCCAAAGAACGGCUUCAAACGAUAUGCCAGCACAACCAGCACCGGUGAAGCAGGAAUCAGAAUCACGGACUUCAGUCAAUGUCGCUGCACCCAGCGCUGAUAAAACUUCGGCUGCGGCCUCGAAAUCGACGAUCGAUGUGAACGUAAACCCUAUCCAUCCUGGUACAGGAAAGCCUAUCACGCAAGUCAACAUUGAUGAAGAGAAUGACAAGCCGUGGAGGAAACCUGGUACGGAUAUUAGCGACUAUUUCAACUACGGCUUCGAUGAAUUCACAUGGGCGCUCUACGCCUCAAAGCAGGAGACUGUUAGAGGCGAAUUUGGAGCAGAUGUCUUCGCACAGAACAACAAGAAGAUGAUGGAAGACUUCAACAUGAUGAUGAUGGGCGGCAUGGGUAUGCCAGGUGGCGGCAACUCGGGAGGCCAGCAAGCGGGUAUGUCUGGCGGCAUGGAUGGUAUGCCUCCUGAGAUGCAAGCAAUGAUGCAGCAGAUGAUGGCCUCGGGCAUGGACCCAAGCCAAAUGGACCCCAGUCAGAUGAACGCCAUGUUUUCUGGGAUGCAAAACGCUGGAGGAGCAGGUGCUCAGGGCGCACAGGGUGGCCAAGGGGGCAAUUUCGGCGGCGGCUUUGGUAACAACCAAGGCGGUUUUGGCUACGAUCAAAAUAUGUCUGGAGGAGGCGGCGGUGGUGGCCGAGGCGGAUUUGGAGGUCGCGGACGCCGUGGGCGAUGGUAG